GCCCUGCUAUUGCCAAACUAGGGCAGUAGAACGACUGUAGAGCCCUGGUGUUCAAGUUUCUUUUUUGUUAGCAUUGCUUAAUGAUAAUUGCUAGUUGAAUUUGUUUAUUAUGUCCGGGCCAAUGUCCGAGCACAUGUCGCCCAAUGAGCCUGAGGAAGAGAGCAGCUCCACAGACAUUUCCCUGACUCAGCAUGUGCCUGCUGGUGGCACUGGUGGGAAGGGGCGACUGGAUAGUCUGCGCGAGAAUCUGAUAAAGCAGCAGGAACGUCUCACGGCGUUGCGUGAGCGUGCCUUGCGCAAAUCCGAGGAUGGCGGUCGGGGCAAGCCCAGCAGAAGCGAUUCGGUGGAAUCGCUCCAAGCGCUGGGCCAGCGGCUGUCCACAUUGAAGGUGGGCAAUCCCGAUUCGCCUCAAAUGCUGCUGCACGAGCUGCCCGCACAGGAUUCGUCCACACCGUUGGUCACGCCCACAAAAGAUGUGUCGGGCAGCGAGAAGCUGCAAAUGCUGAACCAGCGCACCGAGCAAAAUCGUGCACUCCUCGAGCAGCGCAAACGUGACAUGGCCAAAUCGCUGCAGUCGGUGAAAUCGGGCAUGAGGCAGAGCAUUGAUCUGGGCUCCUCCAUGAGCGAUCUGCGUGCGCCGGCUACAGCGGCGCCCGUCUCAAGGCAUUGGUCCGCAGCAGAUCUGCAGCUACAGCUGCAGCAACAGAUGCAGCAGCAGUUGCAACAGCAGCCGAGCGAAGAGGGGCGCCUGAAGCAGCUGAAAAACAAAAUGCGCCUCAUUGAGAUGAAGCAGAGCCGCAAGGAGCAAGAGUUACAGCAGGAGCUGAACGAUCUGCGCAACGAGUUGACGCGGCGCGAAGAGCAGAUUAAACAGCUGGAGGCGACGCAGGCGCAGCAGGGCGAACGGGUGGACAGCCAACGACUCCUGCAGGAGCAGGAGAAUGCACGAUUGCACACAGAGAUCGAGCAGCUGCGCGAACGCAACGCGGAGCUGGAGAACAGCAGCGAAAUGCUGGAGGCCCUACGACUGGAGCUCCACAGCGCCAGGGAGCAGCUGCUGGAGCAGCAGGCUAACCAAGCAGCGGCCGAGGCGGCAGCGCUGGUCUCCACGGAUGCCCAGGUGAAUGUCGAGCUGGCCAAGCAGCUGCAGGAACUGGAGAAGGAAUUGCAAGAGCUGCGCGACAGCAAGGAAGAGCCGACGCCAAAGCUGGAGCCGAAUGCUAUCAGAGUAUCUGAGCUCGAGGCCAUCAUUGCCCAGCAGAGCGAGCAGCUGGCGGAGAAGACCACCGAGCUGAAUGUGCUCAAUGUGAAUCUGCGCGUGCUCGAGGAGAAGCUCGCCCAGAGCGUCAAGAGCAAGCCCCUCUUCCUAGACGAGGACGCCAGCGAUGGCAACGAGCAGCUGCAAGCGCAGCUGCAACAGCUCAAGCAGAAGCUGGACGAGUGCAACAAGAGCAACAUCAAGCUGAAGCUCAAGUGCAAGCAGGCGGAGAAGCAGCUGCAGAAGAUGCAGAGCCUGGAUACCCAACAGGAGCUGGCCCGGAUUACCGCUGAGAACGAGCAGCUGCAGCAGCGCAUCACAGUGCUAGAGGAUGAGAAGGGUCAAUGGCAACUGGCCCACGUCGAAGAGGAUGCGUCCCAGGAGCAACAGCAGCAGCAACAAUCUGGCAAACCAGCCCCAACCGCUGGCCAGACAGAAGCCAUCCGACUGCUGGAGGAGCAAAAGGAGGAGCUGCAGCAAGCACUGGAGGCCUUGCAACUAGGCAGCGAAACAGCUCGCGUUGAGUCAGAGCUGAGCGAGGUGCAGCUGGAGGAGCAAUUAUCGCAGCGCGUGCAACAGCUAGAGUCGGAGGCGAUCGAGCAGCAGAAGCAGCUGCAAAAGCUGCAGGCCGAGAAGGAGGCACUGGACAAGAAGCUGACCCACUACAUCAAUGAGAACAUGGAGCUGCUCGAUAAGCUGGAGAAGCUGAGCUCCUCCAGCUCGGCUGAGUCCAUCGAGAUCGUAGAGCGACCCACUGCGCGACGCUUUAGCCAGCGUCCAGGCAGCGAGGGCGAAGCGGAGGUGGAGGGAGACCAGGCCAGCGGCGGCAACACUAAGCAACCCACUGCACCCGCCGUCCUGCCCAGCUUUGUGAGCGAGCUGACACAAACGGAUCUGGCAGUGCCCGAGCUGGAGGUCAACGAGAAUCUCGCUCAGUUGCGCAACGAGAGCGACGAGCUGAUGCAGAAGAUUGAGCUCUUCACCAACGAGCGACGAGAGGUGCUGGCCAAGAUGGAGCAACUGCAGGCGGAGAAUGCGGCACUGCAAUCGCAGCUGAAGCUCGCUGAGGAGCAGCUGGAGGCGGUGAAGACGACUCACGAAAGCGAAUCGAAGCUUAUCCAGGAGCAGCUGGAGGCGGAGAAGACGACGCUCCAAGCGGAACUGAAGCUGGCCAAGGAGCAGCUGCAGACGGAGAGCGCAGCGCUGCAGGCCCAACUGGAGGAACUGCAGCGGGACAAGCAACAGCUGUCGCUGCAGCUCAGCGAGAAAUCGAACCUCUCCCAGGAGCUCAGCUCCAUGCAGCGCUCCUCAGAGGUGGUCGCUGCCCUGGACUGUGGCGAGGGUGGCGCCGCGCUCUUCGACAAGUGCGAGCGCUCGCUCUCGAAGCUCAGCUCUGAGCUGGAGGCCUAUCGCAAGGCCAACGAUCGCAAUGCCAAACUGAAUGUGUCCAAGAAGCUGGCCAAGGAGGCGAAGAAUGUGCACGUCCAGCUGACGGAGCUGCUGCAGAAGGUGAAGGAGGCGAGCACCGCCGUGGAGACGGUCACCGUGGUGGAAACAGUUGUCGCUGUCACCGCGCCCAAUGGCAAAGCUUUGGCGGAAUACGAGCAGCUGACGGCACAGAAUGCCGAGCUCAAGGCGACGCUGGCUACGCUGCGAGCGGAGCUGGAAGAGCUGCGCGAAAGCUACGAACCGCAGGAGGCGGGCAAGCAGCUGGCCAUUGGCCAGGUAGACGAGGAGGAGCAGCAGGAGAGGGCAAGGGAACGCGAGCGUGAGCAGGAAAAGGAGCGCGAGCAGGACGCCUUGAUAGCUGAGCUACGGGCUCGCGUGGAGGAGGAGCAACAGCAGGUGGCACAGCUGGAGUCUGUGAUAGCGGAGCUGCGUGCCGGCGAGGCGGAACAUCUGCAGCUGAUAGCCAGCCAGAAUGCUGAGCUGGUGCAGCUGAAGCUGCAGGCGGAACGCUUCGAUCAGUCGCUGAACAACAGCGAAAUGGCACACGAGAAGCACAUGGAGCAGCAGCAGCGUCUGAGACGUGAGCUCCAGGCUCGCAUCGAGACCCUGGAGGGGGAGCAGAGCAUACUGCAGGCCCUGGUCGCCGAGCAAAAGCAGCAGCUGAUCGAGAGCUACAGCGAGAGCGAGUACGCGACGAACAUGAAGCGGCUGGAGCUGCAGCAGUGCCAGCAGGAGCUGGAAGCCAGCGAGCAGCGCAACAAGGAGCUGCGCGAGAAGCUCAAAAAGUACGCCCUGAGCCUGAAGAAGCGCACGGCCGAGCAAGCGGAGCUGGAGCAGCAGCUGCAGCGCGAGCGGGCCACUGUGGCAGAGCUGCAGGAGCAGAAGCAGCAGCUGCAGGAGCAACAGCAGCAGCAGCAGCAGCUGCAUGACAUAGAUCAGCUGAAGGAGGACAAUGAUCGGCUGAACGAGCAGCUGGCCAAGCAGCAGUCCACGCUGCAGGAGCAGCAGCAGCAGCUGCUUGACAGGGAUCAGCUGAAGGAGGACAAUGAUCGGCUGCACGAGCAGCUGGCCAAGCAGCAGUCCAAGCUAUCCGCCCUGUCCAAGCUCCAGGAGGAAGUGGAACGCCUGCAGGUCGAGCUGCAGAAUACAGUUCACGCGAACACAGCGCUGCGCCAGGAGAGCUACAAGCUGGAGAUGGCGUUGGCGGAGCAGGGCUCCGUUCAAGAGUUGCGUCGCCAGUUGGAGCUGAAGUCCGUGAAGUUUGAUAAAUCCAAAGAGGUCAUCAAGCAUCGCAAUGCCACCAUACUGAGUCUGCAGCGCGAGCUGGCCGAGCUCCGUGCUCAGCUUCAGGCACAGCCCGAGGAGGAGGCGGAGCAGGAGAAACAAAAGGAAAAUGCAAAGCAGCUGGAGCAGCUUGAGCAGCUGCGGGCGCAGAACGCCAAGAUGGCCGAAGAGAAGGUGAACUUUGAGGAAACAAUCGGUCGCCUGGAAACCAUCCAUGAGGGUAUUCAAGCCAAGCUGCAGCAGGAUCAAUCCUACAUAGAAUCGCUGGAGGCACAAAUCGAGGAGCUGCAAUCGAAGUGUGUGACUCUCGAGGAUCAGACCGCAUCGUUGCGUGCACAUGAGGCGAGUGCCAAGGAGCAGAUUGAACUGCUCGAGCAGCAAGUGCGCGAGGCGCAUACCCAGCGGGCGGCGCUGGAAUCCCAGCUUAACGAGCGUGUGAAACAGUUGAUGGAACAGGAACUGGUCCAGAGCAGGCAGAUCAAGAUGCUGCGCGCUGAGGCGGACGAGUCGCGCGAGCUAUUGGUCACGCUGCAGGCCACCCACGAGACGAUGCUGCUGCGGUACAAGCAAGAGGCCCAGCAGGCCCAGGCACAACGGGAUCAUCAGACCAACAACAACGAACAGCAUCUACUCGAUCUGCGGACACAGCUGCACGCGCGCAACAUGGAGUUGGAGCACCAACGCCAGGUCUUCGAUGCCAAGCUUGCGGCCAAGGCCACCGAGCUAGAUGAGCUGGAGUGUGAUCUGAGUGCGCAUAUGCAACGCUCCGCUAUGCAGACACGUGAACUGACCCAACAGUUGGAGCGAUCCGAAGAACAGCUGCAGGCACGCACCGAGGAGCUGGCACGGCUGAACGACGAGCUGGCCGAAGUGGAGCGUGAGCGUGCUGCGCUCAGCCGGGAGGCGGUCAUGCUGCGCAUGCAACAAGACAGCGCCGAGCAGGACGUGCUCGAGCUGCAGGAGCUGCGCAUGCAGGUCAUACAGGACAAAACGGAAAUGGACAAUCUGCGCUCCCAAAUCGACUCACUGUGCGCCAAUCACAAUCAGGAACUGCAGGCGCUGCAGCAGCAAAUCGCCGAGCUGGACACCCUGGGGCAGAACCAAACGGACGAUCAGGUCUACAUUGAGAACGAGAACAAGCGACUCACCGAGCAGCUGGUGGAGCUGCAGGGUCGUCUUGACGAACAGGCCGAGCAGCUGGCACGCCAGCAAGCCGCUUCAGCUCCAAUUCCAGCGCCACCCAGCUUCCAGUCCCAGGCAACUGCCACGGACGAUUGGAUGGCGUGGUCGGGCAUGAUGCAACCCACUCAAAGACAAGAACAGAAUGCGCCAUUGCCUGCACCCGCCAUGUUCUUUGGCGGCGAUGCGGCAGCUGCGCCUUCGCCUUUCGAUGAGAUUGUCGCCCAACCGCUGAGGAUGACCACACAGAAUCUGGGCAUGAGCUUGCCCCAAGCCCAGCCAGUGGCUAAUGUUGACUCGAGUGGAGGAGAACCAACGAUUGAAGAUUUGCAGCGUAAUGUUUCUGAUCUGGAGAAACAUGCCAAGGAGCUAGAGACAAAAUUGCUGGCACGCAAUCAGGCGCUUGCCGAGCAUGAGGAGCGACGCGCUCAACUGGAGCGUCUGCUGGCCGAGCGCGAACAGGAGCUGGCACAGCUACAUGCUGCCGCAGAAGAGCGUGAGCGUGUAGCAGCCGUUGAGGCACUGAUACAGCCAGCUGUGGCCCCAACAAAGGCGGUCCCUUCGCUGGAUAUGUUCUUUGGCAAAGAAACGGUAACAGAUGGAGCUGUCACCAGCCUGGAUCUGGGUCUUCCGCAAACGGAGCCCGUUGAGGAGCAGCUCAUCAUACCAAAGAAGGCAUAUAUUUGUCAUCCAGAGCAGGAGCAGCAACAGAAAAUACAGCAGCAGCAGCAACAACAACCGCAGCUGACAAGCGAUUGGGGUGUUGAUGUGGACGAGGAUCCUUGGGCCAAUGCCGGGCAAGAGGAGCAGCUGACAGAUGCAACAGCAGCGCUGCUAACUCGCAUCGAGGAGCUGGAGAGCCAGAAGGCGAAGCUGCAAACGAAAACGGCCAAGUUGAUGAAGUGCGUCAAGGAGUAUCGCAUCAAGGAGCAGCAGGAGCAGGCGCGCAAUGCCAAUAACAAUGACUUGGACAGCGCCAUCAUGGACGAACUGAAGAAUCAGCUGCAGCUACAGGAAGCGCGCCAAGCUAAGGUCGAGGAGCAGCUACAACAGCAGACGCUGGAAAAGGAGAAACUGUUGAAGCGCAUCGAUGUCUUGACUGCAGGCAAUGAACGCAUGGCCGAGCUGAAGGAGCGACAGGACAUGGAUGUGCACAUGUAUCAGACGCGCAUACGCGAGCUGCAGGACAAAUUGCAGCAACUAGAAAGCUGGGGCGACGGAGCAAGUGCCGCUGCCACGCCUACAGCACAGCCAGGCGAUGAGGCAGCGCAGGCCCGAAUCGAGAAUCUGAUGGCAGAGAAUCAAGAUCUUAAUAACGAGUGCCAGGAGCUGAUGGCCCAGCUGCGACAGGAGAAGGAACAAGCCCAGCAAGAGCGGGAGCGGCUGCAAGCGCAACUCGACGCGCAUAACCAGGAGGCAGAGCAGCUUAAAAAGCAAAUAGAGCAGUCACAGCAGGAGUACCAGCAGCUACAACAGCAACUGGAGGAGCUAAAGACCAAGCAGCAGGAGUGCCAGCAGCUGCAACAGCAACUGGAGGAGCUAAAGACCAAGCAGCUGGAAUGCCAGCAGCUGCAACAGCAACUGGAGGAGCUAAAGGCCAAGGAGCAGGAGUGCCAGCAGCUGCAAAAGCAAUUAGAAGACCUUAAGGCCAAGCAGCAGGAGUACCAGCCGCUGCAACAGCAACUGGAGGAACUGAAAUCCAAGCAGCAGGAAUGCCAGCAGCUGCAGCUGCAGCUAGAUGAGCUAAGAACCAAUCAGUUGGAGCUGCCGGUGGCAGUGAGUGCGCCCAGUGACGAGACCAUGGCGCUGCUACAGGAAAAGGAAUCCGAGAUCGUCCAUCUCAAGCAACGCAUCGAGGAGCUAAUGCGUGAGGAUCAGACCGAGAAGUUGGUGCUAGAGAUAUUAACCAAGAAUCAGGAGCUGCAGAUGCUGCGCAUGCAGGUCAAGCAGUUGCAGGAGGACAAGCUCGAGCUGGAGCAGCAGAAUAUGCCGUCGAAGGAGCAACAGGACAAUCGAGCGGAAUCGCAAUUCCAGCAGCAGCUCGAACAGGUGCAGCAGGAGCUGGAACAGCUGCGCAAGCAGUGCGCCGAGCACCAGCGAGAGAAGAACGACAUGGAGGAGGAGCUGCGCGUCCUCAACAAUCAUGUGCUCAGCAGCCUGGAGCUGGAGGACAAGAUGAAGCAAACUGUAUUGGAGUUAGAUAUGAAGAACAUUGAGAUAACCGAAUUACGUAGAACACUGGAGGUGCUGCAGCAGGCGCAACCACAGCAACAGCCACAGGAGCAGCAGCAGCAACAACAGCAGCCAGACAUCGCUGCCUUGAAUAUGCAAUGGGAGGCACUGGUGGAGCAGAAGUGCAGCGAAGUGGCCAGGAUAUGGCAGGAGCAUCUAGCGAAACGUGAAGCUGAAUACAAAGCGAAAAUCGACGAACUGUCUGCAGCGGCUGCCUCAUCGCAGCCAGUGCAGCAGGAACAUCAACAGCAACAGACAUCUCCACUGCCCGCCACAGAGAACGCGAAUGAGAUGUUGACCAAGAUGCAGAGCGCACUGGAGACGCAAGAAAUGGAAAUCGUGACGUUGAAGGAACAGCUGGCCAUACGUUCCGCUGAAUAUGCACGACUCGCCUCGCAGUACGAUCCCUUCCGUCUGCAGAACUCGUUGGGCAGCGGCCCCGUGGCUGGAGCUAGCGGCACAGCUGGGCAGGACCCACAGUCGGAAUAUGUGCUGAGAUCUGAUCUGGACUAUGCAUUGAUGAUGCUGCAUCAGCGGGAUAUGCGUGUCGAGGAAAUGAUCGUUGAACUGGUGCAGCUGCUCGAGGAGCGCGAUCAUCUCCAACUCAAGCUCUCGGACACGCUGCGCCAGCUGGAAGCCGAGCGCACAGGUGGAGCAGCAUUUGCUUCUGGCAGCGCCAAUGCCACCGCCUCCUCGUCAACCGCUUCCUCAUCCAGCCCCAACAAGCUCAGCGGCAGUGGAGAGCUUGCCGCGGCGACUUCUGCCAGCGGCAGUGAUCUAAAGCAGAAAUUGGCCGAGCUGCAGACGGUGAAGCAUUCCAAGGACAAGGCCAUUGUGGAUGAACGCGAGCAGCGUCUGCAGCAGAUGAUGCAGCUGCAGCGGGACAUGGUUAAAGCAGCGCCAACAGCCGCAGCUCCAACAACUUAUCUUCCUUCUUCGCCACCUGCACAACAGCAGCAGCAAUUGCCACAGCAGCAGCAACAGCAGCAGCCACUCGAAAUUGAUUCAACUCAAUCCGCGCAGCGCGCCCCUUAUGGACUUAUGGACUGGAUAUUAGGCAACAACAAGAACGAGGACGAGGCGCAGCAGACACCACAUAAUCUUCCCCAGUCACCAGUUCAGCAACAAAUUUCCCAUUCGCCGCAUUCAUCGCCGAGCAAUUAG